CAGGACAUGAAGGAGUCGAGGAGAUGAUCCCCGUUUUCUAGAAAUCAAAGUGUUUGUCGGAGGUGUUUUUUUAAAGUGAAUUAUAAAGCAUACGGUUUUUUCUUGGAGCCAGUUUAGAGACGACCUCAUGAACCGGUUGUCAAAUAUAUUGACAAUAUUAUGAUGUUAAACUCGGUGAUAUUUCCGGAUGUGAAAAAAUAUAACAGAAGCGUUUUAAGAAGAUAAACCAUUAUGGAUUUAGAAGAAGCGAAAAAGCGGUCAACCUAUUCGACAACUAUGGAGACAAGUUAUGGUGCUAAUUCAGCCACUACAUCUGCUCGUGCAAGAGGAAGAAGCUUUCAAGAAGGAGAAUUCCACUCUCCACCUGGUUCAGAGAAGAAUCGUCAGUCAUUCACAGAAGACUCCAUGCGUUGGCAAAGACGGCAUUCGAAUGUUUCAGCCUGUUCAUCAUAUCCUUCACUAAGCAGUAAUCUGAGUAACUCUGACAGUGAUAAAGGACACAAGCAGGAGAUUGUUGUCUUUGCUGACAAGCCUUCUGAGAAAUUGUUUUGUAUGAUUUGUUCCGAUGUCUUCCAUGAUCCUGUGAUCACUUCAUGUGGACAUUCAUUCUGUCGUAGCUGUGUCUUACUACACAAGGUUGAACAUUGUCCUGUUGACAACAGUAACCUGGUUGUUGUUGUUUCAAACUUAGCGGUGUUGGAACAGAUUGGUGAGCUAUUGGUUCAUUGUAAAUAUGGCUGCAUGCCUUCUGCGACAGAGGAAGGAAAAUAUGAAGUCAAUUCUGCAGGUUGCCCAGUCAAAGUAAAACUGAAUUCAAGGCAGGAGCAUGAACAAAGCUGUCAGUAUGCUCCAAUGCAAUGCCCUAACAGCACUCUUUGUCCUGCUGUUUUGAAAAUGAAUCUUGAGGACCACCUUCAACACUGCGAACACAUUAAGUGCAUGCAUUUUAAAUAUGGAUGUAAUUUUGAGGGAACUGAUUCUGAAGUGCAAGAGCAUUUAAAUACAUGCAAGUUUGAACCAAUGAAAGAAUUUUUACAACACUCGGCAGAUCAGAUAGAAGACCUUCAAACCGACUUGAAAAAUAAAGAUCAGGAAAUCACAUUUCUGAGAUCAAUGUUGGUUAAAAUGACAGAAAGGAUUGAACGUGUUGAAAAAACUGUUGAUAUCCGACUGGAUUUCCUUGAUGAAGGACAUACUAAACUGUCAUCAGAAAUAAUGGAAACCAGAAGAGCGAUGACGAAGUUGAAGGACGACAUUUCCGACGUCGAAGUGCGGUUAUGGGGAGCUGGAUCGUUCGACAUCUAUCCAUUGUUCAAGUGCCGAGGAACGUUUGUUGGUCACCAGGGUCCAAUUUGGGCGUUGUGUGUCUCUAAUGGUGAAUGGCUGUACAGUGGGUCGUCUGAUAAAACAAUCAAGGUGUGGGACACUCAAAGCACAUACAAUUGCGUGAAGACAAUGGAUGGACACGCUGGAAUCGUCCUUACCCUCUGCUCUGACGGAAAACGAUUGUAUAGUGGUUCAUCAGAUUGCACAAUAAACAUAUGGGAUUGUUCAUCUUUGGAGUUUGUUGAGAAGAUACGAGGACAUGAAAAUCCCGUGUGCACUUUGGUGACAAAGAAAAACAAGUUAUUCAGUGGAUCUUUGAAAAAGAUCAAGGUUUGGGAUUUAGAGACUCUCAAACAAGUAAACGAACUGACCGAGCUUAAUCACUGGGUACGAGCUUUGGUUGCGUCUGAGAACUAUUUGUACAGCGGAUCCUACCAAACAAUCAAGAUUUGGGAUUUGGACACUCUUGAGUGUGUUCACGUCCUUGAAGCAUCUGGUGGAAGUGUUUAUUCUCUGGCUGUGACCAAAGAACAUAUCAUUUGUGGUACCUAUGAAAACUCUAUUAUAGUGUGGGACCUCAAUAACUACAAACGUCUGACAACGUUGAAUGGUAGGGCCCAGUUCAACCUUCUGUUCUUUUCACCUCUGUUGCAAGACAUUCAUUAGUGGUAUUCUGUAUUCUUAGGUCAUGUUGGGACCGUUUACGCCCUGACUGUCCUAAGCACGCCAGGACAAACAAGGUUAUUUAGCGCGUCUUACGAUCGUUCUUUGAGGGUGUGGAAUUUAGAUAGUUUGGCGUGCGUACAGACAUUAUUAAGGCAUCAGGGAAGCGUGUCGGCCCUAGCUGUCUCUAGAGGAAGAAUAUUUUCAGGAGCAAUGGACAGCACAGUUAA